UCAUUUGGUAUCUGCGCAAAGUAAUGUAACGUAUGUUGUAUAAUAAAAAGACAAUCAAAUACGAGAAAAAGGGAACUAUUGUUGAGAAUCUUUGCUACAUUUUACCGCAAUAUAUCAAAUUUCUGCAGUUGAUUUUAAACUCUACUCUCAAAACAUUAAGCUUUAAAAUCGAGUGUUUUGACAGAUUUUUAUAACCUGACUUGCUGUUGACGGUAUACAUGUUAGCUUAGUUCGUUGAGUACAAAGCUAAUAUAAUUUAUAAUUCAAAUACAUAACAGAAUGCGGGAAGCCGUCAGAAACAGUUGUAUCCAUGCGUAUUGUUGGUGGUAGAAGGGCAACUCCUCAUUCGUACCCUUGGACAGUAGCAAUCUUGAAGCACAACCGAAUGCAUUGUGGUGGAGCCAUCAUCACUACCAAACAUGUACUUAGUGCUGGUCAUUGUUUCAAAUGGGAUAACUACAAAAUAAUGAUAGCUCUCAUCGGACUAGAUCACCUGGAUAAAUUAAAGGACGUGGCUCAUAGAAAUAUUUCUGAGGUCGUCAUCCAUGAAGGUUUUACUUCGACAGCAGUGAGAGACGAAAAUGACAUUGCAAUAGCCACUCUCAAUGAACCUAUUCAAUUCAGCACCACAAUAGCACCUAUAUGUUUACCUAAAGCAGGUAAAUAACACCGUAUUUAUCUAUUUAAUAACAAAUCUUAUUUAUACGUAGAAGAAAGUACGCAAAUGUGGAAAAGUUUUCCUAAUAUGAAAUAACUUUGCAUUGUUGUAAUAUACAGGUGAUGUAACAUUCUCCUUUUUUAUUUGUUAUUUCUAUGAUUUUAUAUCUUGUACCAUUUAACUAAUGUUGUAAGUAAUACUAUUUGCAUUACAAAUUUAUUAUUAUUUUUCAUAAUAAAUUUUUUAAUACACUCUGAAAUAAACCCAGUUAAACCACAAACCGACAGUGAAUUUCCUGGAUUUACAUCCUUUAUUAGUAAUAAUUUAUGAAGGAAUUUAUAUAUUCCAUUUUCAUGAUUAUUGUCCAUAUUCUAAAAAUUUCCUUUACUAAAAUUAUAACAAUAUUUAAUAAUUAUUUUAGGCGAAGAUUUUUCAUCUCAAGUAGGGACUAUAGUAGGAUGGGGAAGAUUAGGCGUAGAGAAGUCAUCGUCCAAAUUUCUAUUAAAAGCAUUGUUGAAAAUUCUUACUGACGAAGAGUGUAUGAAAUCACAAUUGAAGGAGCAUCUAAAACCAACAAUGAUGUGCGCUUUCUCCAAAGGAAAAGAUGGUUGCCAGGGCGACAGCGGCGGCCCUCUUAUUGUGUUUAAUAAUGACUUUCGUUACGUUCAAGUUGGAAUUGUGUCGUGGGGAAUAGGUUGUGCAGAUCCGAGAUAUCCAGGUGUCUACACAAAAGUCAGCCACUACAUAGACUGGAUCGAGCAACAUUCGAAAGAUGGCCUAACAUGUGACUUAUAAGUAAAAAAAUAAUCUUAUUAAAAGUAAAUAAAAGGAUUAUGUAAUUUGCAAGAAAAAAUAUACGAUAU